ACAAUCUGGAGAGUUAACAUUAUGUGUAUGGCUUAAAAAGGCAGUCUAGUCUUCAUUAAGUGUAUGUCAAUGGUAUCACCUUUUAGGGAAUAGAGCAACAGUUCACUCAACAAUCGUGGAAUAUUCAGAACUACUAGCUCCAACAACAGCAGCAGUUGGAGGUUCUGAGCGGAGGCAGGGAACGGAGGCAGCACACAGAGGAGCUGAGUGGAGGCAGAAGAGACCCAUCAGCCAUCGCUACAUCAAGCAGCCAGAGACCCUGCACAGGUGGGACCCAACACACAUCAAAACCACUUAAACCAGAGACAUGCGUCCAAGGUCCAGAUUACUGGUGAAACGAGGCCUGCCCACCAUUAAGGAGGGCUAUGAGGAGCUGGUGCAGGACCUGAACCAGACCAACAGCCAGCACACUACAACACAGGACUACUUCCUCUCCAUCUGCCAUCUGGCCCGGCCCACCUUCCCUCUGCAUGAGCCCGACUGUGACAUCCUCUCCAUAGGCCCUUUGGACUCCCCAAAACCCUGCCUACGAAUGCACCGCAUACGCCAGCAUCUGCAAACUCCACAGCCUCACACCUCCACAAGUAGCGACCACACUGUUCAGCAAGCCCACAAAGAGCAAGACAUCGGCAGAUCUGCUUUGUCAGAACUGCUGCAGGACAAGGCCUCAGAGGAGGGCAGUGAAUGCAGAGGUGACAGCCCAGGCCCUGUGGAUCCGCUAGAGUACCUCUACAGCAACAGAGGCGCACUAGCUCUCUCCACCAGGAGGGGGAGCAUUCCUCCACGCAGGCCACGCAGUGACACCUUCCCAGGCGUCUCCUCUGCACCUGACACUCAGCGCAAGGGGAGUUGUCCUGAGCUGUGCCUGGCUGAGACGGUUACUACGGCGACAGUCCUGCAGCGGUCGCCGCUCAACAGGAGGAAGCUGGAUGACAGUAGCCUUGCUGCACGUAAUGGCGUUCCCAACAAGCUCGAUGGCACUCCUGCUGGAUGGAGGGGAAAGAGUUGUCGCAGUAUGGACAAACAGACAAUUGUGUCCCACUGGAUCGCAGAUUGCCGCAGUGCGUGGAAGGAGGCCCGCAUUCACGCAUGCGUGCUGCCCGCCAUUGCCGAGAAGUAAUCAACGCAUGCCACACUCGCAAAAUUAAAAUGUAUUUUUCCAGUGAACAGGACAGGCAAGCAUCACAGGGAGUAACGUGUAUUGUGGAAUUAUGACUUUGCACUGCAGGUUUAUAUGCAUGUACAUUAUUUGAUGUAUUUUUAAAUCAGACUGUAUAUAUAUUUAAACUCUGCUCUGUAGACUCUGCAGAGUUACAAUGAAUGUCAAUGAUAAGACUGAGUCAGUCCUGUAAUGUCCAGUUGUGAUCAAAUGCAUUGAUUGUUGAAUCCCUUUAAUAUUGUUUAGUGAUGUUUAAAAAAAAAAAGGAAACCUUUAUCAUCACAAUUGCAGUUCCAACAUAGCACAUUUAAUACAAUAUAGUUUAGAGGAUAACUGUCUGAGGGUAUUACAAUGCAUAAUAUUCACAGAUAAGCAUCUCACUGUGUCUAAAACCUUACAUAACUUCUUUUAAGACUCAGCAAGUGGAAAAUUAUAUAGGCAGCUACUGCAAUGCAGAAUUAAUACACCAUGCUUCCGAAACAACUUUGUCAUACAUAUGAUGGAAAUCCAAAAUCAGAUCCAAGAUCUGCAAACAAUUACAUUGAAAGGACUAAUGUGCCUAAAUCCAAAAAUAGUCCUUAAUUUUCUCUUCCUUUCCACCAACAGAGAUAUCCGAGACAUUAUGUCUAAUUAAUUAUUUUGAUCUUAAGUAUUUAUAGCAAAUGCAUCCUGGUUCACUUAAUAUAAUAUCACUAUUUAUAGAAAACAGAAAGGCUAAGGGAGCAUUAAGGUCUGAUCAAGGAUGGACCCAACAGAUGUUUUAUGUUUUGGGCAAUGAUAGUUCACUGUCAUCUACUGCCUGAAAAGCAACAUUAUGUUUAUGCUCAGGCUCGUUUCCAACUUUAAACAGUGGAGCAGGGUGAAACAGCUUGCAAGCACAAAUAUCAGCUAUAGAAAAGACUAGUCUGGUUUGAGGAUGAAUAAAGGGACAUAAUUACAUUUCCUGAUAAGGAAUCGCCUUCAGUUGAUCAAUGGAGCAUAGAAAAACAAAUCUGACCAUAAUAUAUCAUUUUGAUAUUGAGACUUUGAAACCAAGACAAUGUGGAACUGCACUGUUAUCCUCAUUAGACUGUUUGUACACGUGCAGAAAAUCGUGUUUCGCUGAUCUGAUUUGGUAUUAUAUGUAUUAGUAUUUUGAGAUCAUCUUACUGUUUGAAAAUCAAUUAAUAUGGUUGCAUGUGACUUUGUAAAUUUUGUAUUUAUGCAUAUGAAAUUAAUGAUUUGAAAGAAAACUGUAUAUUACACUAUGAGUAAAGAAAAUAUGUUGUUUGUAAAGUUUCAGCUACCUUGUACUUUUCCACUUUUUUAAAUUAAUAAAAUGUCUGUGAUAAAACAGAAACAUGAAAGUU